UCAAAUUCAUUUUGUCUUGUCAUUCUUUGUCACUUCACUGCUAAUACUGCUAAUGUUUAUUUCUAUUUAUUUUGCUUGUAUUAUUUUAUUUUGAAUUAAAACAAUUAUAUUUCUUUAGUGGGUGAAAAUUUAUUGAAAAAACGUAUACUUGUGUUACCAUAAAGGCUAGAUCUCCUUGCUGGCUCCUGCGAGACAUUACAAAAAUAUAUUGAUACUUGCACUUACCUAUUUCCUCACACUUAAUUCCCUCAAUGGCUGGAUAUUUUGAAGAAAUGGGUUGGAGAGAGUUAGCAGAGGGAGAGCAACCUAACCAUUUAUUGCACAUGGCUCGAUUUCUUAUUGACUUUGGGAUGUACGAUGACAAUUUUUCUGGGGAAUGGCCCAGGUUACCCCCACCAGCUUCCAAGGAAAUUGUCAAAAAUCUACCAGAAGUGGCAAUUGAUGACACCAGCAAAAAUUGUCCAAUUUGUUUGAAAAACUUUGGCGAUGGGGAGAAAGCUAAGGAAAUGCCAUGUCAUCAUGUGUUUCAUCCCACAUGUAUAUUAACUUGGUUGGAGAGGACAAAUUCAUGUCCUUUUUGCCGAUUUGAGUUAGCAACAGAUGAUGAGGGGUAUGAGGCAUUCAAGAAAGAGAAGAAGAGAGCAGAGCAAAGAAAAGAAGAUUUGGACACACUUCACAACUCAAUGUUUAGCUAAUAUUAAAAAAUAUAUAAGUACAUUACCUUUUUGGUAAUUUAAAAAAAAAUUAAGUGUUUUUGUAAUUAUUUAUGUAAUGAAAGUAGCAAAAUUUUAUGAUUUAUUAUCAUUGUUUUAAAAUGUGAAUGUUAUGGUGUUGGUUAUUAUCUUUUUACCUAUGUAUUUGUACUUUACAGUCAUCUGCACAUCAAAGUGACAAAAUUCAAAGCAAACUGACCACUAUUAGAGCAGCAUAGUGGUAGCUUGACUGUACGAGUUAGUAUAUGUAAAAUAAUUUCAUGUGUUUAAUUAGUACCUACACAUUUUAACAUUCCAAUAUUUUUUAAAUUAUUGUUGUACCAAUUUUAAAUAAACAUAACACUGAAUUAUAUGCAA